GUGCGAGGAGCAAGGCAGAAAGUACUCUGAUAGUAGAGUUAAGAAUCUCUGUAAGCUAUUUCAAUCCUUCAUCUUUCCUCGUCUCGGAUUAAUACCCUGUCAUCAACUUGCUGCGCGAGCCGUUUCUUCCAAGCUUCCAAUCGCAAAAGUUUUCCUAGUUGACCUACAACACACUUUGAUUGCUACUCGCCCAAUUACGUCAUUCCACUGUAGCCCUCAGACCUCUUAAUCGACCUUGCACCCCUGCCUACCCCGCUAGAGCUCCCGCAAUUACACAGUUUCGGCAGCUUCUCCCCCGGCACCCCGAAACGCAACACUCAUCAAAACCCCCAUGAAAACGGACCCUUGACAGUUGCUCUGGACCGUAAGGCCUCCCUUCGCAACAUCAAACUCCUUCGCUAGCAAACAGAAAAAAGAAGGCCAAAAUUGUGAAAAAAGGGGUGCAGAACAAUUAUAUCACUCACGCCAUGGCGCCACUCCCGAAAAUCAUCGACACCCACAUCCACCUCUGGCCCUCGACAGCAACCGCUCCGACAGACCAUGGCUGGAUGACGCAAGGCCACCCGCUCGCCAAGCGCCACGGGGUAGCCGACUACGACAAUGCAACGUCGGCCUCGCCUGUGCGGCCCUCUGGCUUCGUCUACGUCGAGACGGACCGCUGCUUGCCAAGUGCUGUACCUGAGAUGCAGGAGGACGCCCAGGAUGAUGAAGAGAAGGAGAGAAGGCUAAGAGCUUGGGCGAAAGCGCCGCUGGAAGAGCUAGACUUCUUGAAGAGAAUCGUGGGAGGCGAGCCAAGAGAUGGAGAUGGUUUCUCGUCUGAACAUGAUGGGAGGAGAUUGGUCGGCCUGGUCGUAUGGGCGCCGUUCCAUUUGCCGCCCGAACUAUUCAGUCUUUACAUGCGCAUCGUAGAAUCCGUCUUGCAACCCUCGGCCUGGGAGAGAGUCGUAGGCUUCCGGUAUCUCCUACAGGGCAAGGGCGUGGACGAGGUCCGGAACGUCGUCGAGAGUGAGCAUUGGUUGUCGAAUCUCGUUAGCAUAGGGCAGGGAAGAGCGGGCAAGGGCUGGAGCUUUGACGUUGGCGUGGACUGUCAUAGGGAUGGGGUGGAGGGCUUGGAGGUUGUGGCUAGGAUGGUGGAGAGGGUUAGGGCCGUGGAGCAGCUGCAGGGGAGGGGUAAUAAAGUGAGGUUUGUGCUGAACCACCUCUGCAAGCCCGACCUCUCAACUCCCUGGCCCCUUUUCCCCCGCUAUUCCAGCGUCCUCACACGCCUCGCCGCCGACCCGCUCGUAUACAUGAAACUCUCGGGCGCCUUCAACGAGUUCUCGCCCGCUGCUACGCCGUCAUUAGCGUCUGACUUGCUUGCAUCCUUGCGCCCUUACUUGGAUCACGUGCUAAAGGUGUUUGGGAGUGAGCGGAUUAUGUUUGGGUCUGAUUGGCCGGUGUGUAAUGUCGGGGGUCCGAAGGGGGAGGAGGGGAAUUGGGCGCUCUGGAGGGAGGUUGUGGAGAGGUGGUUGGAGGAGAAGGGCUCGGGAGAGGAGGAGAGGGAGAGAGUGUGGUGGAGGGCUGGGGCCGAGGCUUAUGGGCUGGAUGGGAUUUGAGAAUAUGUGCGAGUGUAAGGGUAAAAGUCCAUGUAAAGCAUACUAGGGCUUGUCCAAGAAGCAUGGGAUAUAUUCCUCGGGGAGUUUAGGAGACAU